AGCGCACGGGUCAAAGCCGCGAAACAGAAGGAGAAACAGAAGGAACGCCCCUCCGCAGACAGCCAGCAAGCCUCGUCGUCUUCGAGCAAGCGAGCCCGCGACAGCAGCUCUAAUAAAGGCAAGGGGAAAGAAGUAGCUGACGAAUCCCGAGCAAGCAAGCGGUAUGUCCGUUCCGCGCGCCGUUCCACGUACCCAACAACCUCCGCCCUCACCAUCAACGAACCCACCAAGGAUACCAAGGGCAAGAAGCGCGCUGCACCCGAAGACCACUCAGAAGACGACGAAACCGCUGCGGCAAUCUCUGCAUCGAAGAAACUCACGCGUCCUACCAGUGCCUACUCUCUCAGACCGAGGUCGGACAAUCAGACAGGAGCGGACAUGACCAGAAAGUCACGUGUAACAUCCGGCAAGGGUAAAGUUACCGCGAAGAGCAAGGCCUUGAUGGCUGCAGCAGGAUCCUCCCGUGCUGGCGACGAAGAUGUGGACAUGGUCGACGCUGAGUGCAUCCAGGAUGGUGAGCCACACGACGGGGGUCAGGAUGAAGGUGAUGACCCUGAAGACCUGCCCGACGAUGGUGGCGGCGGAGACGACGACGAUGAAGACGAAGAAGCCGAAAGGGACUUCGCCAGCACCUUGGGCGGCAUGGGCAAUGAGGCCUCAGCGAUGUCCAUCUUCGGCGACUACCGUCAACUCGGUUCCUAUAUGAUGGGCAUCUCUGGACGGCUGAAGACGAUGCUCAAUAACAUCAAGCCUACAGCAGACCCCACCACGAGGCUAGUGACGCUGCAGGAGUUGAGCGAAUUGUUGAGCAUCAGCACCGAGGACACCCUCGCAGGAUCCUUCCAGGUCGAAGCAUUCAUCCGAGAACUAGUCAGGAUUUUGGGUGGCACGGGGAACGAUGAGGAGGAAGGCGACGAUGACGACGCGGCCGAGCAAGAUGAGGAUGCAGCUCUCGCAGCGGCGUUGGCAAUGAGCACUGGUGGGAGCGCAUAUCAAGGCGACGAGAAUCUGGAAGCCCAGGUCCUGGCUUGCAGGUGUCUCGCCAACUUGAUGGAGGCCCUGCCGGGCGUGGCGCAUACUGUCGUAUACCACGGCGCCAUCCCCGUUCUUUGCAGCAAACUGAUCGAGAUUUCCUACAUCGAUUUGGCAGAGCAGACCUUGAGUACUUUGGAGAAGAUAUCUGAAGAGUUCCCUAGCGCCAUCGUCCGAGAAGGUGGCCUUGCUGCCCUGCUGAACUACCUCGAUUUCUUCUCCAUCGCUGUCCAACGAACGGCCUUGCAAGCGGCCGCGAACUGCUGUCGCAACGUCUCAAUCGAGCACUUCCCCAUGAUUCGCGCUGUCUGGCCUAUUAUCCGCAACUGUCUCGGCUACUCCGACCAACGACUAGUUGAAUACGCCUGUCUCUGUGUCAUCCGCAUCAUCGACUCCUACUACCGAUCCUCACCAGAGAACCUCGAGGCUCUCGUGGACGCUGACUUGAUUCGCGCUGUGAACAUGCUCUUGCUCCCUGCAGGCGGUUCCCCCUUGAUUGCUGCGAGCACAUACACUCUACUCCUCCGCGCUCUGGCGACAUCCGCUCGCAUCAGUCCCAAGAUCACGCUCGUACUCCUCGAAGCCGGUAUCGUCGACACGCUCUACCAAAUUCUGACUGGCGUCUUGCCCCCGACAUCGGAUGGCAUGGAAGAGCAGGGUGAUGCUGCCGGCGGUCAGGGCCUUGGUGGUGGGUUGGCGGACAUGACUGUGAUGGAGAACCUAGCGCAUCGCCCUAAGGAUCAGAUCGAGGAAGCGCUGAGCUUAAUCUCCGAACUCAUGCCCCCUUUGCCCAAAGAUGGUGUCUUCGACCACAAGGGAUACACCGAGAAAGCUCUCAACAAGAUGCUCAAGGCCAAGGCCAAGGCAGAUCGUGCUGCAGCUCGCCAAGCAGCGGCGGCUCUAGCUGCCUCUACCCAUGCGGGACCUUCUAGUUCAACAGCCCGUACAAGUGCGUCCGCGGCCCCGCCGGUCUCAGCGCCAGCAGAAGAUGGCGCAGCGCCCGAACCGAUGCACAUCGACCCUCAGUCCGUACAGGAAGGAGAGGACGCUCUGCCACGCCUCGAGAAGGAAUCAACCGUCGUCGACCGCACUGACCUCCUUCGCUCGAAGCCCGAUGUAGUCGGACGAUUCCUGCGGCUCAUGGUCCCUAUCCUCGUCGAUGUAUACGCCGCUAGCGUGAUCACGCCUGUCCGCAUCCGGACCUUGACCGGGCUGCUCAAGGCUGUGAGCUUCUUGGACGGUGAUGAGUUGAAGCAAGUCUUCACGUUCGUGCCCGUCGCAAGCUUUGCAUCGUCUAUCUUGUCUUCCAAGGACCAUCCCUCUCUCGUGAUCGGCGCACUCCAGCUCGUCGAAUUGCUCCUUGCGAAGGUGCCUGCCGAGUACAAGCCUGCCUUCCGCCGCGAAGGCGUAUUCCACGAGGCAGAUAUCUUGGCUUCGCGUACGAUCACGUCGACGAGAUCCAAGGACAAGGGCGCUGACAAGGAACCCUCGGAGGCGCCCUCGCCGGCAGAUACAGGUGUCGCUGCCGCGAUGCCCAUCUCAAUAUCUGUGAUCAGCUCUGCCCCGUACAAGAAGCUCACGUCCCUCACGAUGGAGCCGGACGAUGCCAUCACUCUCCGGGCUCGCGUCAUUCGUUUCAAACAUCUUGGAGCUGAUGACUCUGCCGGAUCUGACGACCUGUUCGCGAAGCUUCGCAGGCUGGUGGAACGUAUCACUGACAACGCAGUGUCGGAGAAGGAGCUAUCCUCGGCUCUGGGAGAGCUUGCGACGCUCUUCGGAUCGCAACAUACAUCAGUGUCCAGUUUCGAACUUCUUCAAAGCGGCGUGAUCGACGGCCUACUGCAGUUCUUUUCAAGCACGGAGCGUACAGUGCCAUUGGCUAGACGUCAGGAACUGUUCUUCACUGCCUUCACUUCCAGGAAGAGCAAGGGGACCGGCGGUCAGACUCCGUUCACUGUCUUCGUGAAGAAGUUGCAGGAGAGUCUCACCAGGAUGGAGUCGUUCGAGGUUAUCAGCAUAGCGCAAAACGCCGACGACUCGAAGCGCAGCUCUCCUUCCCUGCUGGCACGCCAGUUGCGCCUUCGCCUGGUCGCCGCUGAAGACUCUGAUAUCCCACGAAACCUGAACAACAUCGUCGUGUCUAUCCAUGCCAUCGCGACCUUCCAGGCGUUGCACGAUUACCUCAGGCCCCGUGUGGCUGGACUCCUUUCUAGCAGCUCGAGGUUGUCAGGAAUGCUCGCUGCCCUGGCGGCGUCAGGCUUGGCACCACCGUCCUCCCGCUUCGGGCUGACGGAGGCUUUGGCGAGGGCCUCAGCGUCAGCGUCUGCUUCUAUAUCUGACGCCAGCGGAGCAGCGACAUCUUCCGCAGGUGGCGCCGGGGCUAGCAGGCGGCGUAGCUUGCGCCUGAGCGCAAAGCAGAGGACCACUGGCGAUUCCGAGGAUGCCUCCGCGGAGCCGUCGGAGCCCGCAGGUAGCACGACUGGUGCAACAGCGGAGUCUUCUUCGGUGAGGGGUGUUGCAGAUUUGGCCGAGGCCGAGUCCAUCGCGUCCGUGGCAGAGCCCGCCCCCAGUGAGACUGUCGUCAAUGACGAUGAGUUUGCUGCGGACUUUACGGACGAUGAAGUCGAUGUUGACGCUGAGGUCAUCGAGGACGAAGAUCCUGACAACUCAAUUUCAGACAAGACAAUCAACGUUUCUGUUGGAGAGGAUGCGAGGGUGGAAGCCCAGACCCCGGACGGCACCCACGUUCCUACACCAGGCUCUGCUCGAGGGCUACCUUCGAGCACACCAACACCUCGUACAUCGACGCCGAAGACGUCAUACGCUGCUGCCCUCAAGACGAAGCCAAGCGAUUGGCACCUAGAGUUUUCGAUGGAUGACCACAAGCUGCCUCUGGAUCUUACUGUCUAUGGCGCCAUUCACCAACACGAGUUGCGCAAGCACAAGGCAUCUGGCUCGCCGUUCAUGCCUAGCAUGAUCUGGCAAGGCAUCUAUAGCAUCAAGUUCAAGAAGGUGCCAGGACCGCUUCCUUUGUCAGAUGCGCGUACCGACGAGACAGGCAUCCGCAGCCGUUCGCCCAGCCCCUCCCUCUCCUCCCUCCCCGAAGACGCCCCUCAUGCAAAGAUCCUGAGGCUGCUGCGCAUGCUGCACAAGCUCAACGUACAGGAAAGCGAACGUGCUACUCCUCUAAUCGCUAAGCGUAUUCUCCCUUCGUCUGCCUUCGUCAACAACAAGUUGUCUGCCAAGCUCACGAGGCAGUUGGAAGAGCCCAUGAUUGUCGCAAGCUCCUGUCUACCUGACUGGGCUCUCGACCUCCCACAACACUUCCCAUUCCUAUUCCCAUUCGCGACCCGUUAUAACUUCCUCCAGUCGACCUCCUUCGGCUAUGCACGUCUUAUCCUCAAGUGGCAGAGCCAGCAAAGCCGCGGGCAAGACAGCUCCAGACGUGAUGAUGGUGUGGGCUUCCUCGGCCGUCUGCAACGACAGAAGGUCCGGAUCUCGCGCAAGCACAUCCUGGAGUCCGCGGUCAAGGUUUUCGAGCUAUACGGAUCUUCGUCGUCAAUCCUUGAGGUCGAAUACUUCGAGGAGGUCGGGACAGGUCUGGGUCCGACACUCGAGUUCUACUCCCUCGUCUCGAAGGAGUUUGCACGAAAGGACUUGAAGGUUUGGCGCGACGCGGACACGUCCAUGCCAAGCCCCUACGUCUUCCAUCCCCUUGGUCUUUUCCCCGCCCCGAUUAGCCCCGACGACAUAGCGAAGGACGGUGUGCAGAAACGAACCCACCUCAUCAGGGUGAUCGGACAAUUCGUCGCCAAGGCCAUGCUGGACUCGCGCAUCAUCGACCUGUCAUUCAACAAGAUCUUCUUGAAGCUGGUACUCGGCGAGGAAGUUCCAUUGAACCUGGAGUCACUCAAGCGCGUUGACGCAGAGCUUGCGGCCUCGUUGUCGAAGGUUCAAAGCCUGGCUGCCGCCGGGAAGAGUCAGAACGAGAAGUUGCGCCGCAAACUAGCUGCCCUCGAGGACAUGGAUACCGGAGAUGAGGUCGAAAACCUCGGUCUUGACUUCACCGUGCCUGGAUACGAUAUCGAGUUGAGGCCUGGCGGUCGCGACAUCUCUGUUACUGCCGAUAACGUGGACGAGUACACACAAGAAGUCAUCGACGCCAUCGUUGGGAAGGGUGCACAAGCGCAGGCGCAGGCGUUCCGGGAAGGCUUCUCGAAGGUGUUCCCCAUCGCCGACCUCCAGGCCUUCACGGCGGACGAGCUCGCUAUGCUUUUCGGAAAUGCGGACGAAGACUGGAGCGCUGAGACUCUUGGAGAAUCGCUGAAGGCCGACCACGGCUUCAACGUAGAGAGCCGUGCUAUCAGGGACCUCAUCGAGAUCAUGUCCGAGUACGACGCCUCAGCGCGACGCAGCUACUUGCAGUUCAUCACUGGUAGCCCGAAGCUGCCCAUCGGUGGCUUCAAGGGCUUGAACCCCCCUCUCACUGUGGUGCGCAAGCCGCACGAAGCGCCUCUCACCGCCGACGACUACCUGCCGAGCGUCAUGACCUGCGUCAACUAUCUCAAGCUGCCCGAGUACUCUACCAAGGCCGUUAUGAGGGAGAAGUUGUCGGUCGCCAUGCGGGAGGGCGUGGGGAGCUUCCAUCUGUCAUAAUCCGUCGAGUUUGUCAAUGCCGUCCGUCGUCCACCAUGUAGUUUUUUGUCAUCUGUGCUUUUAUCGCCACCUCUUGUAGAUCACAUUCCCCCUCGCACUCGCAAUGCCUCGCAUUAAUCAGGACUAUAUAAUCGC